CAAAAUGCAAUAAAUCAAAUAUAAAUUACAAUUAAUGCCAUAAAAUGUGUUUAAUAAUAUAAAACGAAGUAUUAAAACUGAAAGUCUGAGCCAAAAUCUACUUGAAAGAAGCUCAUUAUUCACUAAAGAUGAAAUUCAAAGAAAUGAGUUUUCCUUUGAUUGAUUCACGCAUGUAUUUUUGUUCUCAACAAUUACAAUUUACCUAAUUUAAUUGGCCAGAGGCGGAGCCUUAGGCCAAAAUCCAAAAAUGGCAUUCGCUGGUGUGGGAUUAUCAUCUACCAGGAGCAACGUAAAUAAGCUAAAAAACUAAACCCAAACACACCGCCAUUGCCUUAACUCUUGGAAAAGAGUCCAAAGUAAGAAGAGGAUCGAGCAAAAACGAGCUUACUAGUCAACGAAUUUAGCAUCGAAGGUGCAGCCAUCAUCGCCCGGCAUAAUUACAUUUUGCGCUCAGGAAAGCAAACACCACAAACCAAUGACCACACGCCUUGCACCGCAGCGCCAGUUCAUCAUCUCGACGCGCUCCGCCAUCGUGGAUGCCACCUCUGUACCGGAGGAUUCAGCGGAGGAGCAGCAGUUGACCGUCGAGGUGGGUAGCGCCACCACCGGUCCCAUUGGCGCUAGCACCACCAACAGCACCACCUCGCCACCGCAUGCCGAGGAGUUUGAGUUCUGCACGGAGGAUGGAGUCGUUGUGUCCGCAACCCUGGAGGAUGUUAUGACACAGAACUGCCAGCUUUUGCAGAAGAAACUGACCGACGAAGACGACGAUUCCACGGGAGCGGGAACAACGGGAGCCGAGCAACUGGAGGUCAUCCGCGUCGUUCUGCCCAUGGAUGCCGACGACUCCAGCGGCGAUGCCCACUUGCAUGGACACGUGGUGAACAGCAGCAACGACACCAUCGACACCAUUGACACCAUCGGCACCAUUACCACCACGGAGCCCAACGGCACCACCGUGACCCACUCGAUACCCAUCCACAGCAUGGCCGACCUGGCCGCCAUCAAGGAUGGCGUGGAUCUGGCGCAGCAAGUGGCCAGUGGUCAGGUGACCGUGGUGCAGGCAGCCGAGGAUGACGAUGGAACUCCCUUCAUCACUGUGACUGUUUCGGGCCAGGAGCAGAACUACCAAGUGCAAUAUGUGGACUCGGAGCUGUACCACAGUAACUCCAGCCAGACGCAAAUGACCUACCCGUUCUGCCCGGUGGCGGACUACCAGGGCAAUGGCCAGACGGCGUACUACUCGACCACGGGUCAGUACGGAGCCACCUCGUCGGGCGGCGGUUCCUCGAACGGGGCCCACUCCACCACGCUGCCGUACCUGGUGCCCGUGGAGGAGGGCCUCCUCCUCAACGGCUCCGCACACUCGCUGUCGCAGUCACAGUCGCAGUCGCACGGACGCGAUUCGCCGCACAGCCUGACGGAGGUCGCGUACAUCCAGGAGGCGCAGAGCACGCCCCAGACGCCCACCUCGACGACCACGACCCACUCGGCCAGCGGCGGCAGCCUGGGAACGGGCGGCGGAGGCGUCCCGGAUUCCGACCAGAGUGCGCUCGGCAGCAGCAACAAGAUUGCCUCGGCAACGAUCAAGUGGCUGUCGCGCAACUACGAAACGGCGGACGGGGUGAGUCUGCCCAGGAGCACGCUGUACAACCAUUACAUGCAGCACUGCAGCGAGCACAAGCUGGAGCCCGUGAAUGCGGCCAGCUUCGGCAAGCUGAUACGCUCCGUGUUCUCCGGACUGCGCACACGUCGCCUGGGCACGCGCGGCAACUCCAAGUACCACUACUAUGGCAUCCGCAUCAAGCCCGGCUCGCUGCUGAACAGCCAGGCGAUGGACGACAAGCAGAUGCUCGCCGGCGGCUAUGGGGCAUCCUCGGACGGAUCCGGCGGCCCAGGCACCGGCGUCCUGGUCAGCGUGAGUAGCAGCACCGCCGGACAGAUGGGGGGCUCGAAUGGACUGGGCGGCGGACAGGGACAGCGGCAUAGCAGCGGCACCAAGAAGCACACCUUUAAGCCGGAGACCUACGAGGCGUGCAUUCAGUUUAUUGGAGAUGGUAGCACAGCUCUGCCAUCGUUUCCGGCCAUCGAGCUGAACCACAGUUUCAACAGCGAACUGACAUUGGAGGACGUGGACACAUUCCGGGCUCUGUACCGCGAGCACUGCGAGUCCUUCCUGGACGCCGUGCUCAACCUGGAGUUCAACACCGUGGAGUUCCUGCUGCGUGACUUCUGGCGGGCCAGCGACAACAAUAACCUGGACGAGUGCGAGGAGGAAAAGUACUUGAGCAAGACGAAGCUGUAUCUGUUGUGCCACUGCGCAGAAGUGCAGAAGUUCGUGCGAGAGGUUGACUAUCAAUUCUACCAAAACACCGUUGAUGUCAUUAUACCGGAUGUGCUACGCUCCAUACCGAAUGCCCUGACCCAGGCCAUCCGCAACUUUGCCAAGAGCCUGGAGAUCUGGCUGUGCGAGAGCAUGCUGGGCGUGCCGGAGCAGCUUGCCCAGAUCAAGACCAGUGCCGUCUCGGCCUUUUGCCAAACGCUGCGACGCUACACCUCGCUGAAUCACCUGGCCCAAGCUGCUCGAGCCGUGCUCCAGAAUGGCGCUCAGAUCUCCCAGAUGCUCAGCGAUCUAAAUCGCGUGGAUUUCCACAAUGUUCAGGAGCAAGCCGCCUGGGUGAGUCAGUGUGCCCCCGCCGUGGUUCAGCGUUUGGAGAACGACUUCAAGGCCGCGUUGCAGCAGCAGAGUUCCCUGGAGCAGUGGGCCAACUGGCUGCAACUGGUGGUGGAGUCGGCGAUGGAGGAAUAUAACGGAAAGCCAACAUAUGCUAGAGCCGCUCGCCAGUUCCUGCUUAAGUGGAGCUUCUACAGCUCGAUGAUCAUCCGGGACCUAACAUUGCGCUCCGCCUCCAGCUUCGGCAGCUUCCACCUGAUUCGCCUGCUCUUCGAUGAGUACAUGUUCUAUCUGGUGGAACACAAGAUAGCCGAGGCACAAGACAAAACAGCCAUUGCGGUUAUAUGUGAAAGGAUGAAAAAGGACAUGGACUUCGAGUUCGAGUGCCAGUUCGCCUACAUCACCAGCGACACGGAGCAGCAGACGACGCCCAGUUCGGCCAGUAGUGGAGGGGACGUGGGCAACGAGGCCAAGCGACUGAAGCAGGAAUGAGGCCCCGAGAUCUUGAUCCGGUAUCCAGUGGCUGGCAUUGAGCGGAGUAUUCGUAGUGUUUAUGUAACCAAUAAUCGUUGUCCCCAUCAGUGUGCACCCCCAGCCCCUGUCGUCACCAGUCAUUCAGCUCUGCAUUUAAUAGUCGAACCGUGUUGUAUAUCCGUAACCGUACCGUAUCCGUGUGCUAGUUUUUAGUCCUAAGUUCGCACACAUCCAGUGUAGUCAGUCAAAAUUAUAGAGGUUAGUUUUAGGCAGAUUCCGGACUCGUAUACAGUAAGAGCACUCUUGGGCAGACACAGAACUGAUGAGUUUGUUAAAAAGCAUGAUUAUUAUUUUAAUACUGUUCAAUUUUGUUAUUCAUUGAAUUUAGAACUACGUAGUUAAGCCCUUAAAAAAAUGUCUAAUAUUUAUUUAAUUUAAGAAAGUAAAAUGUCCUUUACAUUUUCUUUGAAUACCUUUGAUUUAUGAGAGAAGAAUCGAUAGAACCAAAAAAUGUGUGUCCAAAGAAGAAUAUGAACGCCCAAAGGGAGCUUUAACUGGAAUCUUUCGAGUAUUGGACUGCCCCCGCAUCGAAGUGAACAGCCGUCCAGAAAGCAAGCAAGUUGAAAGCCAGUUCGGCAAAAGCGUCUGGCCUUGUUUGCCCUGAUCUGUAUUCGUAGGUUACGUUUUAGUUUAAGUAUAUGUGCAUUAAUAAUUGUAAUCAACUGUCUACUAUAACGAUGGGUUCGGAGGUGGCAUCAGUUUUGUCUGGUUUCAACAAACGAUCUUGUAUAUCAUAGCGCACGGCGCACCACACACACAUAGUCUUAACACCCACACGCGCACUUACAGGAAUUAGUCGGGGGUUUAUAGAUUAUAGCGAAGGAACACAGCUCACAUCGAACAGCUUGCUCAAAUUGAAAUGGAACACCCAGCUCAAAACUAAAAACUCAAACCUAAGCUACGUAAACAACAGGCCUUAAAUGUGCAAAGAUCAACACUCAAUUUUGAAACAAUACAAUUUACCAUACCUAUAUAUAAAAUAUAUUUAAAGAUACAUAAAUGUAUAUGUAUAUUUUAACUACAAGGAAUCAUUUUAUUACGAAACAUGUAUUUUAACAGAGGCGCCUAUCAGAGUAUUUUAUGCCAUUUUGGGCAAGAGUACAAGCAGCAAGCAAGUUAGAUUUUUUAAGUCAACUAUCUAGCAUUAGCCAACUGAGAAGGGUAUGAUGUGCGGACCACCAAGUGCAUCGAUACCCAACUGUCUAGUCCUAAAGCACACAUCUGAAUUAUAAGCUCUGUCCGGCACAAGAAAGCGACUAUAAUAACCAGUAUUCCUUUUCAGGAAGCUGGUUCUGCUCAAAUUGCAAAAUGCUUAGUUAGCAUCUAAGUUCUAUUGGUUGUUGAAAAGUAAAAGUAAAUCAAAAACUGAAAUUUAAAAAUGUCAAAACUAUUUAUGUAUGUGAAAUAAAAACUGUCAACGA